UAUUAUUAACUGUGAAUAAAAAUGUUUUAUUUUUUGUUUUUAAUGUUUUACAAAAAUAUUUAUUGAUUUAUUGUUGAAUAAUAUAGUACUUUGUUUGUUUUUUUCUAAACAAAAAUAAUAAAAUGUUUAGUAUUACUUUUUUUUGGCCACUGAUACUGUCCUCCAAAAUAUUAGAAUGGUUUCCCGGUAAAAUCUAUCGGCUAUCAGAUUCAACUAUUUAAAUGAAGAGGAUUAAAUUGGUGGUCAAAAUAAGUAAUACUUACAAACAAAAUGACAGAGCACUUUGCAAAAACAUCAGUGGUUCAAAAUGAAUUGUUUCAAAAUCCAAUUGAGUCCAGGCAUAUUGAAAUGGAUAAAGUUGAAGUAGAAACUAUUUUCCCAGUAGAAUAUAUAUGUUAUAAAUGUAAGGCUGUAUACUACAAACGAACACAAAUAGAAAAACAUCUAAAAUUAUCUUACUGUGGGGAGAAAUGUAUAGUUACAGAUAAAGUAGUUCCUAUUAUUAAGAAACUACCAGGUUUGUCAAAAAAUGAAUCUUAUUUUAAAUAUAAAUAUCACCAGUGUGAACUGUGUUCAAAGUCUUUUACAAACAAGACAAAAUUGAUUCAACAUAUUCAGACACAUAGUGGAGUGAAACCAUUUCGUUGUGAAACUUGCUUUAAAGGUUUUUCUAAUUCUUACAGUUUGAAAAGUCAUGUAAAAACUCAUACUGGCAUAAAACCUUAUAGAUGUGACAUUUGUCAAAAGGCUUUUUCUCAUUCACAUAUUUUAAUAAAUCAUAAAAGAACUCAUUCUGGAGAAAAACCAUUUAAAUGCGAAUUUUGUCAAAAAUGUUUUGCUACAUCUGGAACGUUAGUGGCACAUAUACGUACACAUACAGGUGAACAGCCCUAUAAAUGUGAUGUAUGUCAAAAAACGUUUUCCUUAUCAAGCAGUUUAAAUUCACACAAAAGAGCCCAUACAGGCGAAAAACCUCACAAAUGUAUUUUUUGUUCAAAAGCAUUUGUAAAGAGUGGUGACUUGGAGCGUCAUUUGCGAACUCAUACAGGUGUAAAACCGUUUCAUUGUGAUAUGUGUGAUAAAUCUUUUACACAGUCGUCUGGAUUGAUCAUACACAAAAGAAACCACACAGGUGAAAGACCAUUUGCAUGUGAUACAUGCGAACGAUCAUUUACUAAUUCGGCCAGCUUAAUAGCACAUAAGCGAACUCAUACAGGAGAAAUACCUCAUAUGCCUCUACAUGUCCUAAAUGUACAACAGAUUUCAAAUUCUCAAAACACUUUGCAGAAAAAUAUUUUUUCAGAAAUACCUACAACGUCUACAACAGGUUUAUGGGACACUAGUGUUCAAACACCAUCAGUUGGAGAUUUUAGUUACAGUUGGUCAAAUUGGUUUCAAAGUGAAACGGAUCCUAAUAAUACUAAAGAAGAUUCAAUUCAAAGUACUAUUGAACUUCCGGUACCAUUUAUUCAGCCUGUGUAUAAUGGGAGAGAAAACAUUGGUGGUAUGAAUACAAUAAACAGUCUAAGUAUUUCAUCAGACAAUACUGUUGUACCUAUCAAAAGACCCGAAGGUCGGUGGUUAGAUUGUGAUGUAUGUCACAAGACUUUUCCUUAUUCAUCCAGGCAUAAACUGAUUGAACACCAGCGGACACAUACCCGUGAAAAACCAUUUAAAUGCUAUAUAUGUCAAAAAUCAUUUUCUCUAUCUAGUACCUUGAUUGUGCAUAAAAGAAUGCAUACAGGAGAAAGGCCUUUCAAAUGUGAUUUAUGCCCAAAAGCAUUUGCUCAAAAGUCGAAGCUAAAUAUACAUAAAAGAAUUCAUACCGGUGUAAAACCUUUUCAUUGUGAUUUAUGUCAAAAAACGUUUGCUCACUCUUCUAAUCUGGCAGACCAUAAAAAAACUCACACUCAAGAAAGACCAUAUAAAUGUGAUAUUUGCCAUAAGUUGUUUACGCUGGCAAACAGUUUACGGAAACAUAAAAUAUUACAUUCCGGUUACAAACCAUAUGUAUGUGAAAUAUGCCAAAAAGCAUUUGCCAAAAAAGCUAGUUUAGAACGUCACAAGGGUACACAUGAUGGUGUACCGCAAUGGACCAAACCAUUUACAAACGGUGCAAAAGAAAAGCGAAUGAGUAACACUGAUAAGCCUUUUAAAUGCCAUAUUUGUUUCAAGUCGUUUGCUAGUGUAAAUGGAAUGACUAGACAUGCAGCCAAACAUAAUGGACUAGAUCAAUUUCAGUGUGAAAUUUGUAACAAGACUUUUACGGGUUUGUCAGUACUAGCUAGACACAAACGAAUACACACGGGAGAAAAACCAUUUCAGUGUGACUAUUGUCACAAGGCAUUUGCUUAUUCAUCGAUACUAGUAUCUCACCGACGCACUCACACUGGGGAGAAACCUUACCAAUGUGAUCUUUGUCCCAAAGCAUAUACCCAAUCCUCCAGUUUAAUAGUUCAUAAGCGAACCCAUUGGAACCACCACCAACCAAUUAAUACAAUCGAACAUCUAACGACUGUACCAUUAGCCACUGUACCAAGGACAACAAAUCAAUACGAAUUGCCAAAUACUUCGGAGGCAGACGACUACACUGACAAUUGGUCGAGCUGGUAUCCUAGCGAACCUGAUAUAUCUCUUGUCACAAAUGAACUGCCUACCGAAGAACCACUCAUACAAAAUACUGCAAUCCACUUACCCAUACAAACCGCGCCCAACGGCCAUAAUGAGAAAAUAGACUUAAUCAUGUUGCCGCAAAAGUUCAAGUGCGCCAAGUGUAAAGAAGCUUAUGACGAGAGUUUUAUGUUAUUAAAACACAUUAGGGAAGUGCACAGAUCUUUGACGGUCAAAGCGAAGAAUACGUCCACGUUAAAAGGCGAUGACGUGGUCAAGCAGAAAAAGAAACGUGGUGAACGUCAACGAUUAGAAUGCGAUAUUUGCCAACGGCCGUUUAACGACUCGUACAAACUGAAAGUGCACCGCCGAACACACACCAGGGAGAAGCCGUUCAAAUGCGACACGUGCGACAAGUCGUUCAUCGACUCGUGCAAUCUGAAGGAACAUCAAAAGGUGCACACCGGCGAGAAGCUUUUCGAGUGUGACAUAUGCCAGAAGACGUUUUUGCAGUUGGGCACGUUGACCACGCAUCGGCGCACGCACACUGGCGAGAAGCCGUACAGUUGUGACGUGUGUGACAUGACUUUCGCGUUGCUGAGCAGCAUGAAGACGCACAAGCGGCGCGCGCACACCGGCGAGAAGCCGCACAAGUGCGAUUUUUGCCAGAAGGCGUUCGUUAAGCGCAACGACAUGGUCCGGCACCGGAGGACGCACACGGGCGAACGGCCGUUCGUGUGCGACAUUUGCCAUCAGUCGUUCACCCAGUCGUACGUGCUGGUGCUGCAUAAGAGAAACCACCACUCGGCCGACGGGACCGGCCGGGCCGCGCCGACGACAACGGACAAGUGCCGGUCCGCGCCGCCCCGAGACAAACCGUUCAAGUGCGGCGCGUGCCACAAGUCCUUCGCCAGUCAGUCGACGUUGAACACGCACAACCGGACGCACACGGGUGAAAAACCGUUCCACUGCGACGAGUGCGGCAAGUCGUUCACGCAAUCGUCGGGUCUAGUGGCCCAUCGGGCCGCCCACCACGCGGCGAACAAGCCACCAUUCGGAGACGUGAACGCGCUCGACACGAGCCGAAGUAGACCUCAGUACGCCGUGGCCCCGGAUAUUCACAGGAUACCUCAGUACGCCGGCGACAGGCCGUGCGAGUGCGCCGUGUGCCAGUCGUCGUUUAUCCAGCCCGUUCCCGCCGUGAUCGAGCACUUCGACCAUCCCGUCGCAGUCGCCCCCGCGAUGUCCAACAGCAACAUGUUUUACAGUUAAGCCUAAUAGACCCAUUUCACACGCGCCGGGCCGGUCCAGUGGAUUUACCCUCGCGGCGCUGGUUUGUUUGAAGUUAAACCCGGUCGCCGGUGUGUGUGAAAUGUGUCUUAGGGUGUCGAGGCUAACACAAUAGAAAAAAAUUAUAUUCAUUUAAAUAAUUAUUUGGAGCGAAAAUUUAGGCAAUAAAAUUGCUAUACUCAUGUUGAGUAGCCGCCUUAUACAUGCAUGUGUGUGACGUCCUCGAAAAACAGGUAUAGAUUUUUCAAUAUUUCAUGAUUUAAAGAAUGAUUAGAAAACUAAAAUAAAAUUUACAUAGUUCACCAAUUCUUAUUUUUAUAUAUUAGUCUUUUUUAGUUUUUAUACAUAUUAUACUGAUAUGAGGUAAUAAUAUAAUAUAUUAUAUACUACUAUAAUACUUAGGUAUAUAGUUAUAUACAUUGACACAUUGUCACUAUACACAUUAUGUAUUUAAAAUAUUUUAUACAAAUAUAUAUAUAUAUUUUAA